AGUUUAUAUAUAUAUACACACUUGCAUCAUUCAUGCGACCAUGCGCUAGCUAUAUAUCAAGACCAUUCAUUCACCUCACCACCUACAUUUGUCCGAGCUGCUUACACAAGAGAAUAGAGCACCGGUAACCAUGGGGGUUCUCAACUGGAUGCAGACCAAGCUUCAUGGAUCGCCUCGCAGCAGGAGAUCUGCAGAAUUCAGCGCAGGCUUGGCUCGGCCAGCUGACGCUUCCGGUGGACUUCCUCAGACAGACAAGCUCAAUGACAGCUGGACCACGGCGAUGCUGUCGAUCAGGACGUUCGGGACGAGGGAAGAAGGGAAGAGAGUGAAGAGCUGUGGGCGUCUGGACGAGCUCAGCAAGCUGCAGGAGCUGAAAUCGCUCGCGGAAGCCAGAAGAACCGCCACAGCCGGUGAGCUGGGCAGGGUAAAUCACCUGCAGCUGGAGCGGCUCCUGAGCUGUUCUUCCACCUCCAGGAGUGGAGGCAUUGGUAGGCCAAGAUCGUUCAGAGCACUUGCAACAAGAGCCUUCGGAGGUUUCCGGCGGCCCAGACCAAGCUUCAGGGAAACUGUACCUGAAAUGAGAUUUGACGAGAUUGUCUGGGGUUUGCUGCUCAAGAAGGCGCACCCUGAAAACCCACUAUUCCCUGAUGCUGCAACAACGGAUGAUCAGGUGGUCCAGAUGGCUCCGAAAGGCAAGGUACAGGCCGAGGACGAAGGGGGCAAAUGGAUCAGAACAGAUUCACAGUACAUCGUGUUAGAGAUCUGAACUUCCAGGAUGGAAGCAAAAAGGUUCCUUGCACAAUUUUGUUUGUAUACACGCCUGUCUGCGUAUGAUCUUAUCAGAUGGCCUUCAACACCAGGGAAAACAAUAUGGUUUUUCUAUGUUUCCUUUGUCAUGUGACACACUAAAGAUAUUCCAAUAUAGACCAGAUUAUCAAACAAAGUGCUGGCCUACAGUAGUAUACAUCCUGAAACAACUUAUACAUGUGUUCAGCAGAGUAUGUUUCCCAGCCUAAAAAGGAAAGACCUUCGUAUCUAUAAAAUUGCCCAAGUUUUGCUGAAGUGGCGCACAUCAGCACAUGGCAUAAACUAGCAACUGAU